UGCGGCCCAGGCCCCGCCCCCCGCGCGGCACUGUAAACUUCCUAGUUGUUGCUAGGCAGACAGCCGUCGUUACGUCAGCGGUCGGCGGAGUGAAGUUUCUGUAUUUAAGUGCUUGUACGUGACGUAGAGAGGAGCUGUGCCGGCCACUGAGAUACACGUGAGGCGCAAAGUUAGCUUUACUCUCUCGCCGUGUUUUCGUCUGAACUCCCCUCGGGCACGCGGAGCGUUUGUCAGUGCGGAACCAAGUUUGAGCUUUCAAAACAAAACUCACCGGAGGAGGAGAAGAAGAAGAAGCGCCAUGGCCAGACUCGUCCUGGUUUCCUGCUUUUAAAUUCGUUUGAGCUCACAAUUUCAGAGUGUCUGCCAUGUUCCCCGAUGCCCUGGAAGAAGUUGGACGGGUGGAGGGCCUGUCCCUCUCCUCCCCGCCAGACUUGCAGGAAGAAGAGGAAGAGGAGGCAGAGACGUCUCCAGAGAGCGGACCGAGGAGACAGGGGCGCUACAGGAAAAGCCUCCAGCUUUUAAAGCCCUUCAGGAUCACGCACAAGCACCAGCACCCGGUUGAUAACGCUGGCCUCUUCUCCUUUAUGACUCUGCACUGGCUCUCCCCGCUGGCAGGGAAGGCCUACAAGGCAUCUAGCUUGUCUGUGGAUGAUGUGUGGGGACUCUCCUGCCAUGAAGCCUCCACAGUCAACUGCCAAAGGCUGGAAUCUUUGUGGAACAGUGAGCUCAAAAUGCGCGGGCGAGAGGGAGCAUCCCUGACCAGAGUGUUCUGGAGGUUCUGCCGAACCCGCAUGCUGGUCGCCAUCUUUUCCCUCCUCCUAACAAUGGUGGCAGGCUUCUUUGGACCUGCAAUCCUCGUUCGAGCGCUCCUGGAAUAUUCCCAGAGCCCGCUGAGUUCCUGGCGCCACGGCCUUCCUCUGGCAGCCGGGCUCUUCCUCACGGAGCUGAUCCGCUCCUGGUCUCUGGCGCUCAUGUGGGCCGUCAAUUACCGCACGGCCGCUCGCCUGCGCGGGGCAGCCCUGACGUUUGCGUUCCAGAAGAUCCUCCGCCUGCGCAGCACCAAAGACAUCACUCCAGGCGAGCUGAUCAACAUGUGCUCCAGCGACGGCCAGCGGCUCUACGAGGCCGUUUCCGUGGGCUGCCUGCUGGCGGGGGGCCCACUGGUGGGAAUCCUCGGUCUGUCUUACACCACGUACUUCCUGGGUCCCACUGCCCUGGUGGGGUCAGCCAUCUUCAUCAUCUUCUACCCAGUCAUGAUGCUUGCAUCCAAGCUGACGGCGUAUUUCCGCAAGAAGUGCGUGGCGGUCACUGACCGGCGCGUCAGGCUGAUGAACGAGAUCUUGGGAUGCAUCAAGUUCAUCAAGAUGUAUUGUUGGGAAAGCGCCUUUGCGCGGAAUAUUCGCGAGGUGCGCUCAAAAGAGAGGAAGAUUCUGGAGAGAGCAGGGGUCGUUCAGAGUCUCACAGUGGGUGUAGCUCCGAUCGUGGUGGUGAUGGCCAGCGUGUGCACCUUCACCCUUCAUAUGGCCAUGGGCUAUGACCUCACUGCAGCGGAGGCUUUCACUGUGGUUGCCGUCUUUAACUCCAUGACGUUUGCCCUGAAAGUCACACCCCUGGCUGUGAGGGCGCUAUCUGAGGGCUCCAUUGCAGUCAAAAGGUUUCAGAGGCUGUACUUGAUGGACGACAGGGAGACGGUUUUGGUCAAAAUGGAGGACCUCGACAAUGCAGUCGAGUUUCUGGAUGCUACUUUGGAUUGGGAGAAGACCAAGCUGAAUGUGCUGCCGAAGAAACAGGGACUCAUGAAAAAGAAGCUGAACCGCUUUAUGUCCAGCGAGGACACCAAGAGCUGCAGAGCAAACCCCAACAUUCAGAGUCUACUCACAAACAUGGAGCAGGAGAGCCCGCAGAGCACCAUCUCCGCCUCCCAAAGCACACACAAACCUCUGCAGAAAGCCCUGCACCACAUUAAUCUGUGCAUUAAGAAGGGUUCUCUGGUUGGGAUCUGCGGAGGCGUUGGAAGCGGGAAGAGCUCUCUUCUGUCGGCUCUCCUCGGACAGAUGACUCUGUUGGGGGGUAAACUGGCUUCCAGUGGGGACUUUGCGUACGCUGCCCAACAAGCCUGGAUUCUCAACGACACUCUGAGGAACAACAUCCUGUUUGGAAAGGAGUUUAACUCAAAGAAGUACGACGCAGUGCUGGAAGCAUGCUGUCUUCUCCCAGAUCUCGCCGACCUUCCGUACGGAGACACCACAGAGAUCGGGGAAAGGGGCACCAGCCUGAGUGGAGGUCAGCGUCAGAGGGUGAGCCUGGCCCGUGCACUCUACAGCGAGCGGCCCAUCCUCCUCCUGGACGACCCUCUGAGCGCCGUCGACGCCUGUGUGGGAUCACAUAUAUUCAGCAAAGCUAUUAGGGGAGCGGCUAAAGGAAAGACCGUGCUGUUUGUAACACACCAGCUGCAGUAUUUGCCCGAGUGCGAUGAUGUGAUUCUGAUGAAGGACGGGCGGAUCGCAGGUCACGGCACACAUGCGCAGCUGAUGGACAAAAGUUGCGAAUACGCCACUUUAUUCAACAGCAUUCAACAUGAGAAUCUCAUCAAAGAAAAUUUAAAAAACAAGCAGAGAAGAGACGCUCCAAAGAAGGCUGAGAGCCAGCUGGAAGUUAGCAAGUUCAUACCCAAGAUGGAAAACAAGAAGAGAGAACCGCUGAUGAAAGCUGAAGAAAGGGGCUCUGGUGCUGUGGCCUGGUCCGUUUAUGGAGCCUACAUCAAAGCAGCAGGAGGUCCCAUAGUGUUCCUCAUCAAUGUCGUCUUCUUCCUCUCCACCACGGGCAGCAUAGCGUUCAGCAACUGGUGGCUCAGCUACUGGAUUAGGCAGGGAAGUGGGAACACAUCAUUAAUCUGGGAGAAUGAGACGACGGCGAGCGACAGCAUGAGGCUCAACCCUCACAUUCAGUACUACUCAACUGUUUAUGUCAUCUCCAUGGGAGCUGCAUUGCUGCUAAAGACCGUGAGAGGCCUGGUGUUUGUGAAGUGCACGGUGAAGGCUGCCUCUGUUCUCCACGACAAGCUGUUCCGCCGGCUCCUCCUCAGCCCCAUGCGCUUUUUCGAUACAACACCUCUGGGGCGGAUCCUGACCCGCUUCUCCAGGGACAUGGACGAGGUGGACGUGCGUCUGACCAUGCAAGCUGAGAUGCUGAUGCAGAACCUGACCAUGGUCCUGUUCUGCCUGGGGAUGGUGUGCAUCGUCUUCCCCUGGUUCUUGAUCUCCAUCCUGCCUAUGGGUCUCUUCCUCUUCCUCGUUAACCGUGUCUCCAGGGUUUUCAUCCGGGAGCUGAAGCGCCUGGAGAACAUCAGCCAAUCCCCAUUCACCUCCCAUAUCACCAGCAGUCUUCAGGGACUCCCCACCAUCCAUGCUUAUGGGAGAGAGCCCAGCUUCCUGAAGAGAUAUCAGGAACUGCUGGACACCAACCAGGCCACCAACUUCCUGUUCAGCUGUGCCAUGCGCUGGAUGGCCGUGCGCCUCGACCUCAUUAGCAUCUCUCUUAUCACUGCUGUUGCACUUCUCAUAGUCGUCAUGCACAAUCAGAUACCGCCGGCUUACGCAGGCCUGGCCAUAUCCUACGCAGUGCAGCUGACGGGUUUGUUCCAGUUUACUGUGCGAUUGCUCACCGAGACUGAAGCCCGCUUUACAUCAGUGGAAAGGAUCAAUCAUUAUAUAAAGGGUCUUGACAGUGAGGCACCCAGACAAAGUCCCAAGGAAAUUGCUCCUGCCCCCUCCUGGCCUCAGCAGGGAAAGAUCACCUUUCAGAAUGUGAACAUGCACUAUCGGGAUGAUCUGCCACUGGUGCUUAAGAAUCUGUCCUUCACCAUCCAGCCCGAAGAGACCAUCGGCAUUGUGGGCCGCACAGGAUCAGGAAAGUCCUCUCUGGCUGUGGCUUUGUUCAGGCUGGUGGAGCUGAGCGGGGGCUCCAUCACCAUCGACGGGAUCAAUAUCGCACACAUUGGCCUGGAUGACCUGCGGAGCAAGAUGGCCAUCAUCCCUCAGGAGCCGGUGCUCUUCAUCGGGACCGUCAGGAGCAACUUAGACCCUGCGGGUGAAUACACCGAUGCGCAGAUCUGGGAAGCGUUGGAAAAGACGCACGUUAAAGAAAUGGUCAGCCAGCUGCCUCAUUCGCUGUACUCAGAGGUUACUGAGAACGGGGAGAAUUUCUCUGUGGGAGAACGGCAGCUGCUCUGUGUGACCAGAGCCCUGUUGAGGAACAGCAAGAUUCUGAUAAUGGACGAGGCAACGGCAGCUAUUGACAUAGAGGCAGAUCGCCUGAUCCAGGAGACGGUCAGCUGUGCGCUUGGCAGCUGCACCACUCUGAUCAUUGCGCACCGCCUCAGCACGGUCAUGAGCUGCAGCAGGAUUAUGGUCCUGGACAACGGCCAGAUCUUGGAGUUUGACGCUCCCGCGGCUCUGUUGGCAGAUGAAAAGUCAAGAUUCAGAGCCAUGAUCGAGGCGUCGGAAAACCAAAACGUCUAAAAGCCCACUGGAUCCUGCGAGAAGUGCACACUUCCUCCACACUUUAGCUCCAUUCAGCCAAGCCCCUGACGCUGCAGUUAGGGCACCGAAACGUCUAAUAUCAGUAUGCAAAGCAAACCCAAAGACUCCUGCUGGUUCCUGGCUUGUCAAAGGAGUCAUUUGCUGAAAGCCAAAUCAUGAACUGUGAGCGACGCAGACCUGAGACUGACUGCAGCACUUUAAGGUUCACACAGUGCUUCCUGUUCCUCUGGAAGCCAAGUUAUCACUGAGUGUUUCACUGUUUUUAAAAGUUUUACACUGCAAAGGUUACUGUCAAUCGGAAAACAGUAUUUUAUUUAUAGUGUUUCUGAUAUUUUUAUUUGCGAGGGUUUUUUUUAUUUAAUAUUUAUCUUUAGAAGUGAAUAACGCCAUUCAGUCGUUUGAGGCACAUGUCUAAAAUAAUCUAUUUUCCUUUAGUUCUAUGCAGUGUUUUGAGUAGCCUCUUGAGACGGGACGCGUGUUACCACUUUCAGGUUUUUAGGAUGGAAUUUAGCCAUAAAAGCACGCCGUCUCAGAACGCGGCUAGGUUACGCCCCUUUGAGCUGAGCUCAUGUUUCUGAAUGCUGGAGAUAAAAAUCAACUCGUCUUCACACGUUUGCGAAUGUUUUUAAUGAUUGUAACCGAUGCUAAGCCGAAUGAAGCAUUUUUCGGAGGUGCAGUGUGAAAGACAACCGAAAUCAGGUGUUUUUCUUAAAUUGAGUUAAAAACUUCUGCCUUAAUGUGAGGAAUGUACUGGAGAGGCGUGUAAAGUGCAAUAUCUCCCUGUUGCUUUGGAGCAAACUGUAGAUUGCCUUUGUACACUUGAGAUUGAAUUAUUUUUUGUAAACUAUUAGAAUUGAAUGUAAAGUUGUUGUUUUUUUUCAUAUAUAAAGUAUUUUUUUUAUAUAUAAAA